AUGCCCAGGUGUUUUAUAAACUCUGUGAGACGGCUGAAGAGGAGUUUCAUACAGGAAUUUGGUGAAUUUUCCGUUGAAAACGAAAUUAAAUCGACGCGCGUAUCGAAAUUAAACAUAAAACGGCAGAAGAACCUGCUAAAAACGAACGAAACGAUAUACCACGACAAAGUGCCGAUCUCCACACGAUUCUACCUGCAACUGCUUAAGAAAAGUCAGUUUUUACAACAUUUCCAAGAAACAGAGCCUUAUGAAUACGCAUCGGAGAGCGAGAAAGCAGUGAAAUCACCAGAAUUAACGAAAACUAAGACCUUAGGACCAAAGAAGGACACAGAUAAAACAUACAAUUUGAGAUCAUCCGAAGCAAAAACGGAACGCAAAACGUACGACAAAACGCAUCGACGGAAACGCAACGGAUGCGACAACGAAACGCAAUCGAUUUCCGAACUGAUACAGGAAGUCAACAGGAAACGGAAGCCGAGGAAGGAACCUUUGGCGCCAAUCAUCGAAGAAAUUAAGAGCAGGGAGCCUUUGAAGUUUAAUAAUAAAGGUGGUUCAGAAAUAGACAAGAUAGCGGAGAAACUGAAGAGCCUCGUGAAGGCCAGUGCUGAUGAGAAGCUGGACAAGGAACUGCUCACCUGCACCGAGUCCUUCGACAAGGAUAGUGUGGAUAGUGUAGAUAAGGAGGAUGCCAAGGAGAAUGAAAUGCAAGAUGUACGUGAUUGGUCGGAGCCGCGUCGUUGCGCGCGCGCUACUCACACGUGCUCCUAUUGCGGGAAGAGUUUCGACCGGCCUUGGGUGCUGAAGGGACACCUUCGUUUACACACCGGAGAGAGGCCCUUUCCGUGCCCUCAUCAACAUUGUGGAAGAACUUUUGCUGAUCGUUCAAACCUCCGCGCGCACCAGCGCACGCGUGGGCACCACUCGUGGCAGUGGCGCUGCGCCGCCUGCGACAAGGCGUUCAGCCAGCGACGGUACUUGGAGCGACACAGAGACGAUGCGUGUCGCAAAUACAAGAUGCACACGCGAAACUCGACAAAAUACAACAAUACUUUGAAAGUGGUGUCGAAAACUGUGCCCGCGCAAGUUCCAAUGUACGGUAUUAUAAGGCACAACCCAGAAUCGAAGGUGGGACCGGAGGGAACUGGAGAGUGCUGCGAGGGACCCAUUGACCUCUCUAUAGGGAAACGGAGGAUUGAAGAGGAUGUAGUUUAAGAUUGUCUCUGCAAUUGUUAAUAUUAAAUAGUGGACUGAUU